CCAUCUGUAUUCCGCUAUUAUGUCUUAUACAUUUUAAUUCAAAUUGAGCGAUAUUCCCCAUCCUUUUCCACUGACGCCGUAUGCACGCUACUGAUUGGUCAAGACAAGUGGCGUGAUCUGCAAGCUCCUGCGCUGACGAAUCAACCCCCGAGGAGAAUGCAUUAUGCAUUGACUCUUGAAAAUCGUCGCUAGCCGCGUCCGCUCGCUCCUCGGGCGAUAUAUCCGCUAAUAACUUUAAUCCUGUGCUUUUAUCCGCAUCGAGCGCGCUCGCUAAUAACUAUAAACUAUAGAUGAGUGAAAGUGAUUUGUGAAGUGCAGUAAAACCACAUCCGAAGACAAUUGAAGAAGGGACGAGGUCGGCGCCAUCCACUCUCAGGUAGCGUGCUUUCUCCUUUCCUUCUUCCAGCAAUAUCGCUCAUAUUAAGAGCUGGCGAUUACCAGUUCUCCUUCGAAAUACAGUCCACCUAAACCCUAAAUUAAUUCUUUGCUUAAUAAAGUAAAGACAUUUCCGCAAAUCGCCAGACACGGCCAUAUUAAAAUCGGCCAUCUUAUCCCGACCGCACCAUUUGGUAACGUCAUUCUCACACAUAAUUUUGGUCCAUUACGAGCCGGACAUCCAUAAUAUUAAUUCAACAUUAUAGUGUCGCUAGCAAAUUCCGUAUUUCAAGCGCUUCAUUUAAACCGCCUAAAGUGUUGCCUUUUAUAAUUAAUAAAUUACAAUUACCGCAUACCGCAUACCUAUCGCAUUACGCAUUACCGCAAUUUACUUUAAAUAUUUCCCCGCAUCUAUUAUUUUUCCGCAUUAUCUUUUCCCGCAUUUAAAGUCACAGGAUUAUAUUAUACCCCGCACCGCAUCGCGUACCUUACUUCCAUACAAGUAGGUACUUAAUAUUUUACCGCCAAAUUGCUCGCUGUAAUUUGUACGUAUUUACAAACCGCAUAAUAUUUGUUUAUACUCCCGCAAUCUCAAGUAUUUAAUCUUUUCGCACAUUUAAAUAAAUACUUAGGUACUUAAAUACUUAGAUUUUGUUUCACAAGGUCGUUGAUAGAAUAUUAACAUUUAAAAAUGUCGAAAGUGUCGAAACAAGACAAACAGUCUAUUUUGAAUAACAAAGAGUUAGCGAUGUUAUUAGCUAAGCGUAACGUUUUAUUUGAGCGCAUUCAAAACAUUUACGAUCGCUCGAAAACCGCUGAGUCAUGCGAAGCUGAUAAGGAAUUAUUUCUCAGUUCUUGCAUGACGAUAGAGGAAAUUAGAACUAAUUUUCAUAAAUUGUUGGACGACUAUAACGCCGAAUUACUUUCUUUAAAUCCUGAUUCCCAACUAGACUAUCAAGCAUACAUGUCAUUUGAAGAACUGUAUUGCGUUAUUAAACGCGUACAAUCACGUUUGGAAUGUAACUACGCUAAGCCCAGCGACGCGGCACGCAUCGAUACAGUACGUAUGCAGCCGAGGCUGCCUGCGAUCGAGCUCGUGUCAUUCGACGGUGAUAUAUGCAAUUGGCCGCUUUUUUAUGCAAGUUUUAAAUCUACUGUGCACGAUAAUGGCUCUCUGACCGACGCUGACAGAUUGUACUAUUUAUUAGGUAAACUGUCGCCGAAGGCGCGGACCGUGUUCGCAGGAGUUACACCAAAUGCUGAGAAUUAUCAAAUAAUAUUCCAAUCGCUUCUUGAUAGGUAUCAGGAUACUCGCAUCCUCGCAUCUACGUACUUAGAUCAAGCUUUAAAUCUUAAAUUGUCUGGACCCGCGUCAGUUUCUAGUUUCCAAUUAUUUAUGAAUAACUUUGUCACUGCAGUAAACUCUUUAAAAAACUUAAAAUUAGACGACCUUUCAGAUUUCAUAUUGCUACAACUCGCUUUGAAAAAGUUCGACCGAGACACUAUACGUGCGUUCGAAAUGACGGAGCGUAAUAACAAAAUACCUACACUCGAUAGUUUCAUUUCUUUUAUAAGAGAUCAGUCUCGAAUAUUUCUUAAUACACAAAAUAUUUCAUAUAAUAUUUCAUCUCGUAAUAUCGGUAAACAUAGUUCGAAUAAACUACGAGGCGGUAAUUCCGCUCCAAAUCCGCAGUCGUACGUAACAUGUUCAGAAUCUAUCAAUAAUAAUAAUAGUUUACAUAAAUGUAUGUGCAACAACAUUGUGCACGAUCACUUUUUUAAAUGUCCCGCUUUUAAUAACUUGACUCCGACCGCUCGAUUUAAAUAUGUUAAGGAUAAUGAAGCUUGUGUUAAUUGUUUAAGUUUAAAACAUAAGAUAAGCAAUUGUUCAAGCACAUCCAAGUGUCGUGUGUGUAACCAGCGUCACCAUACAUUACUGCAUUUUAAUAAAAAUUCGCCGAGCAACAUAAAUAACAAUCCAGUUUCUAGCGGUCAAGGUCAUCGCGAUAACGCUGCACCCGGGUGCACUGCGCCUAGUGAUAGAAAUUCCCAGCCGGAAGUAUCUUUGUGUAGCACAUUCGUCGCGCUGCCGGCGCGCACGCACGUGACCGCGCGGCAGACCACAAACAGUACUAUACUUCUAGCCACCGCGCAAGCUAUUGUUUACGAUACGAGUGGAUCACCGAUAAUCGUGCGUUGUUUACUAGAUAGCGCGUCGCAAAGUAGUUUUAUUACUUCCCAUUGUUUCCGACGUCUCGGACUAUGGAAUAAAAUGAAAAAUUGUAAUUUAAUAGUAACAGGAAUCGGUGGCUCGGAAAAACCGUGUAAGGGUUCCGUAGAUAUUAGAAUAUAUUCGCGCCUUAAUAAUAAUAUUAAUUUUAAUGUUUCCUCGCUUAUAGUGGAUAGUAUUACGGACAUGUUGCCGAACGCUCAUGUGGACGUAUCCGCACUUACUCAUCUCGAGAAAUUGCCUCUCGCAGAUUUAGAUUUUGCGCUUCCGGGUAAUAUCGAUAUUUUGAUCGGAGCUGCAGUAUUCCCGCACUUACUGCUACCUAACAUAGUACGCAGUGAGCAAGAAAAUUUACCUCCCGCUAUUGAGACGGUUUUCGGUUAUGUGAUUAUGGGCGCCGUGCCUACGUCACAUAGUUCUCGUUAUACUACGUCUUGCUGUUCUGUUCUUCAAGAAAAUAACAUUAAUUCUCUCGUAAAGCGAUUUUGGGAGCUUGAAGAGAUUUCCGCGCCGCCCUCGAUGAGUCAUAAGGACCUCGAGUGUGAAGAACAUUUCCGCGCUACUACUGUUCGCGAUAACAGUGGUAGGUAUAUAGUCGCGUUACCAUUUUGUGGUGACCCUUAUUCGCUAGGCGAUUCGUACGCCGUCGCUCUCAGACGUUUUCAUUGUUUAGAACGAAAACUGAAUUCGUCACCUAACUUACGCCGCGCUUAUAAUGACGUUAUUCGUGACUACAUCGAUAAAUAUUUUUUGAGCCCAGUUGUGAGUGAUAACGCUGACUGCGUUCCCGCAUAUUAUAUUCCGCAUCACGGUGUAGUUCGCGAAGAUAAAAUUUCCACUAAACUCCGCGUAGUUUUAGACGCUAGCUGUCGGACUACAUCGGGCCAGUCUAUCAAUGAUAUUUUGCAUACUGGACCGAAUCUACAGGGUGAUUUAUUUAACAUAAUAAUAAAUUUUCGUCUUUUCAAAAUUGCUUUGUCAGCUGAUUGUCGACAAAUGUUUCUUAAUAUAGGCGUUCACGAAUCUGACCGUAGAUUCCAGCGUAUAUUUUACCGCUUUAGUAAUGAUGAACCUAUAACGGUUUACCAAUUUAACCGCGUUUGUUUCGGACUUAGGUCCAGUCCAUAUCACGCCUUACGAGUUGUGCGUCAACUGAUUGCUGAUGAAGGCGAUGAUUUUCCCGCUGCUGCGUUAGCAGCUUCUAAGUCUUUAUUUAUGGACGAUAUCGUUUGUAGCGUUAUAGACACUCCGCGCGCAAUUUCGCUUUGUGAAGAGCUUAUUCAGCUUUUCAAGCGAGGCCAAUUUGAUCUUGUCAAAUGGACGAGUAAUUCAAAGGAGGUUCUCGCACACUUAUCUGAUUCUCAUAAGGCUUCACCGGACAUUGAGUUCGAUAAGUCCAUUCCGCAUAAGGCUUGCGCUGGGACAGAUCGCAAGAUAGUUUUCGCUUUGACGUCGCACUGCCUGAUGCGAAGUGUACCAAACGCAUAA